CGACGGCGUUUACCAGUCUCUCUCUAGCUUUGUCGUCCUCCUUAGUUUCUCGCUGUCUCUCUGCUUUCAACCAUUACGACUCUUGUAUGGUCAGCCCAUAUCUCAACCAAAUUCACCGCACCGUCUGCUUCCUGAAAAUUUCUCGGAAAAGUGACAGAAAAUAGAUAAAAACAGUUGGGUUUUUCAAAUUGUAGCGUGGCUCUCGUGAUUUUAGUUUUGGAAAUUUAGAUGGAUUUGCGUCUCUAUGCAUCAGUUGCCUCGAUUUUUCAUCCGUAGGAAGAAAGACGGUCCUAUGGACCCUAAGAACCGGCGGAGGCCGAGGUUAGAGCGCCGAAAUGCGGCGAAGCACAUCGAGUACGAUGCGACUUCGUCUUCCUCCUCUAUAGACGACUCUUCUUCGUGUUCUUUGGUUACUAGAUCUCUUGAUUUGUCUGAUCGGACUAGUUUUCGGAUUGACGGAAGGGAUGGCGAGUUUGACCAGAUUUGCCGGAGCUUAGGGUUGUCAGGUCCCGAAGAUUUCGCGAUUCCGGCGGCUGCUUGGGAGGCGAUGAAGGUCCGCUCAGCGUCCGAUCUUCUGCCCCGGUCCAGAUUUCAUGAUAUGGACAGUCCAAGGAUAGUGGAAGAGAAACAGCAUAAUAAUCAUCAGCCGCAGGAGCAGGAACAGGAAGAGAGUGAAUUGUGUGCUAGGGUUUUGGAUAGUGUUAGCAUUAGUAGCGAGACUACUGAAUUAACUCAAGCUGAGCCAGUUGAGCCUGCUAAAUUAAAUGUUCACUGUGGUGCUGCUUCUUGUGCAGUAGGAGGAGGAAUCAAAGGGGUUAGGCCGCCGUUGCUGAAGCCGCCGCCUUCGAUGACACUACCGGUGAUCGAUAACGCAUGUUCGACGUGGGAUAUACUAAGGGAUUUUGCUCCUGAAAACGAUAGAAGGUCUUUGGUGAUGACUCAGGACUUCAGUUCUGAUGACGAGGAAGGACUAGGUGAUUUGGCUGCUAAUAAGAGAGAAGAAAAGGAGAUUUUGUUGAGGAUAGGAGAAACAGCUGUCUUAUCGGAGUCUUGCUCGUUUACUACGUCUAAUGACGAUGAUUCAUCGAGUACCACCACGGAGCCCACCAAUAUUUCUCCUAAUGGAAGAUUUAGAAGGAUUAUUACUUACUGGGAAAAAGGUGAGCUUCUGGGACGUGGUUCGUUCGGAUCGGUGUAUGAAGGAAUCUCUGAUGAUGGAUUCUUUUUUGCUGUCAAAGAGGUUUCGUUGCUUGAUCAAGGAAGUCAAGGCAAGCAAAGUAUUUACCAACUUGAACAGGAAAUUGCUCUUUUAAGUCAGUUUGAACAUGAAAACAUAGUUCAGUAUUACGGCACUGAUACGGAUGAAUCUAAACUAUAUAUCUUUCUUGAGCUUGUAACAAAAGGUUCCCUUAUGAGUCUCUAUCAAAGAUACCAUCUUCGAGAUUCCCAAGUUUCUUCAUACACAAGACAGAUUUUGCAUGGUCUGAAGUACCUUCAUGAUCGCAAUGUUGUUCAUAGGGAUAUCAAAUGUGCAAAUAUAUUGGUGGAUGCAAAUGGAUCUGUGAAACUUGCAGACUUUGGAUUGGCAAAGGCCACCAAAUUGAAUGAUGUAAAAUCUUGCAAGGGGACUGCAUUCUGGAUGGCCCCUGAGGUUGUCAAUAGGAGAAACCAGGGCUAUGGGCUUCCGGCUGAUAUAUGGAGCCUUGGAUGCACUGUUUUGGAGAUGCUAACGCGUCAGAUUCCAUAUUCCCAUUUGGAAUGUAUGCAGGCAUUGUUUAGGAUUGGCAAAGGUGUGCCGCCACCUGUUCCUGAUUCUCUUUCGCAAGAUGCACGAGAUUUUAUUUUGCAAUGUCUACAAGUUAACCCCAAUGAUCGUCCUACUGCUGCUCAGCUCUUAGAUCAUUCAUUUGUGAGGCGGUCACUUUCAACAUCUUCAGGUUCUGCAUCACCUUAUCUUGGCCGACGGUCUUAGAAGCUUUUGCUGAGUUACAACUGUGACAGAUGUUUAGUGUGCAGGAUUGAUUUAUCUUGUUGCAUACGAAAUGUGCGGGGACUUCUUGUUAGACACUGGCAGCAAUUAAUUUUUGAUUGCAUUCAACUCGAAGUCCAUGUGGGUUAACCUCCUGAUCUUAAGUUAUUGAAAUUUGCUAGUCUGGUUUUUGAUUAUUAUUUUGUAAUGUGGGAAAUUGUAGGAGGAAGGCUUCAAUGAGAGCAAUUGUUGUAAGAAUUACAGAACAGAUACCCACGUGUAUAUAUUCUCAUUAUUGUAGCAAAUGCCAGUAUUAAUCCUUUUUUUUUUUUUUUUUUGGUUGUGUAUUCUAUUAUGGCAUAAAUGUAUUUCGAAUUAUUUCUUUCAUGGGAAUGUCCGGCCCCAUUCGGAGGGACAUGUUGAAGCCUUAGUAAGUAUCAAGGAUGAAGCCUUGGAUUUUGCUAAUUGUAUUUUCUAUAUGUUUUUCUA